ACAUAGUAUAAAGUAUAAAUCCAUAACAUGAAUAGACGGAGCAUCCAAGCAUGGUCUCUUUUCUUAUGGGAGACCGCGCAUUCCCUUUCUGUCUUCUCGCGCCUGCGCAAUUUAUGUUUACAGCAAGUUUCGAAGGUUAGAUUAUUAGUACAAUUAGUUUAGUGAUCAGCGUUGAGCCGGUUGAGCGUGAUGGAAAUAACAGAGUUGAUGGAUAGGAUCAACAGAGAUAAUUAGUAGUUGCUGUACAUACCAUACAUACCUGAUUCUAUUUUCGAAGAAGCUACUAUAUGUGCAUUGCAUGUGUCAAAAAAAUAUAAAAACAAGAAAGACGCAUGAUGUUAAUGUAUGUAUGUAUCGGAUGAAUACCUAGCCAGUAAUAGGAGAGUAAGUGCAUUAAUGUACUACCGAUUUAUAACUUAAAAUGUGAUAAAAUGGCAAAAGAAAUGAAUGUAAAAGUUGACAUCGAAUAUUGUGGUUCGUGUGGACAUAAGACACAUUUUCUUGAAUUGGCAAAGGAAAUAAAAAAGAGUGUCCCCAAUGCCACCAUCUCUGGUACAGUGGGAAGGCAAGCUUCUUUCGAAGUACAAGUCAAUGAUGAACUGGUACACUCUAAACUUCAAACUCUCGCGUUUCCAGACUUUGGUGAAGUCGCAGAUAUGAUCAAAGAUGUAUCUGCAGGUAAACCAGUGAAGAAAAUUGUACAUCAGACCGAGGACUGUAUAUUAUUAUAAACACAUUUUAUUAUAAAUCAGGUACAGAGAAUAAAAAACUCAUUUUAUUGAUAGAGGAAAGGAGGCCUACAUGUUCUCC